GCCCCUGGGCGCGCCAUGCGUAGCACCACCCUCCUGGCGCUGCUAGCUUUGGUCCUGCUGUACUUGGUGUCGGGUGCCCUGGUGUUCCAGGCCCUGGAGCAGCCUUAUGAGCAGCAGGCCCAGAAGGACUUAGGAGAGACCCGUGAGAAGUUCCUGAGGGCCCAUCCAUGUGUGAGCCAGCAUGAGCUGGGUCUCUUCAUCAAGGAAGUGGCUGAUGCCCUGGGAGGGGGUGCGGAUCCAGAAACCAACUCAACCAGUAUCAGCAACCACUCAGCCUGGAACCUGGGCAGUGCCUUCUUUUUCUCAGGAACCAUCAUCACCACCAUUGGCUAUGGCAAUGCAGCCCUGCGCACAGAUGCUGGUCGCCUCUUCUGUAUUUUUUAUGCACUGGUGGGGAUCCCGCUGUUUGGGAUGCUGUUGGCAGGUGUCGGGGAUCGUCUGGGCUCCUCCCUGCGUCGUGGGAUUGGUCACAUUGAGGCAAUCUUUCUGAAGUGGCAUGUGCCACCAGGGCUGGUGCGAGUCCUGUCCGCGAUGCUCUUCCUGCUGAUUGGUUGCCUGCUCUUUGUCCUCGCGCCCACAUUUAUAUUCUGCUAUAUGGAGGACUGGAGCAAGCUGGAGGCCAUCUACUUUGUCAUAGUGACACUCACCACCGUGGGCUUCGGGGAUUAUGUGGCUGGUGCCGACCCCAAGCAAAACUUUCCAGCUUACCAGCCGCUGGUGUGGUUCUGGAUCCUGCUUGGCCUGGCCUAUUUCGCCUCGGUGCUCACCACCAUUGGGAACUGGUUGAGAGCUGUGUCUCGCCGCACACGGGCAGAGAUGGGUGGCCUCACUGCACAGGCUGCCAGCUGGACUGGCACAGUGACAGCACGGGUGACCCAGCGAGCCGUGCCCACCGCAUCACUGCCAGAGAAGGAGCGGCCACCUCUGCCUCCCCUACCAUGUCCAGCACAGCCAAUUGGUCCGCCCCAGUCCCCCUUAUCCCCAGAGAAGGUGGCCACACCUUCCCCGCCCACGGCCUCUGCCCUCGAUUACCCCAGUGAAAACCUGGCCUUCAUUGAUGAGUCCUCAGACACACAAAGCGAGCGUGGCUGUGCUCUGCCUCGUGCGCCAAGAGGUCGCCGCCGUCCCAACACCCCCAGGAAGCCCGUGCGGCCCCGUGGUCCAGUGCGCCCCCGAAACAAAGGGGUGCCGAUAUAG